AUGGACGUUUCCAACGCCUUCCUCCAUGGUCACCUCGAGGAGCAGGUCUUUUGCCAGCAACCCACCAGGUUUGUUGACCCGGCGCUUCCCGACCACGUGUGCCUGCUUUUGCGGUCCUUUUACGGACUCAAGCAGGCUCCGCGCGCUUGGUACCAGUGCAUCGCGACGUUUCUCCACCAGCUUGGGUUCCGCUCUACACGCUCGGACGCCUCGCUCUUCGUCUAUCAUCAGGGCUCUGACACGGCCUACUUGCUGCUCUAUGUCAACGACAUCAUCCUGAUGGCAUGUACGGCUGGUCUCCUCAGUCAGCUCACGCCUCGUCUUCGUGCCGAGUUCGCCAUCAAGGACUUGGGUCCUUUGCACUACUUCCUCGGUGUCGAGGUGGUGCGCCGCCCGGAUGGCUUCUUCCUUCAUCAGCGGAAGUACGCUCAUGAGCUCCUGGAGCGCGCCGGCUUGCUUAACUGCAAGCCCGCCGCUACGCCCGUUGAUACGAAGGCCAAGCUUUCUGCCACGGAUGGUUCUCCUACUUCGGAUGCUGCUUUCUAUCGGUCUAUCGUUGGCGAUCUCCAGUACCUCACUCUGAUUCGACCGGAGAUUCAGUAUGCCGUGCAGCAGGUGUGUCUUCAUAUGCAUGCUCCUCGAGACGUUCACUGGGCUGCCGUCAAGCAGAUUCUCCGCUAUGUCUAUGGCACUAUGGAUCUUGGCGUCACGCUUCACGCCUCCGCCGACACCGCCCUCACCGCCUACUCCGAUGCAGACUGGGCGGGCUGCCCUGACACUCGUCGCUCCACCUCGGGCUAUUGUGUCUACCUUGGACCCUCACUUAUCUCGUGGUCGUCCAAGCGGCAGCCGACUGUCUCUCGUUCCAGUGAUGAGGCUGAGUAUCGUGCGAUGGCCUACGCCGUCACCGAGUGUUCGUGGCUUCGCCAGCUGCUUCAGGAGCUCUCUUUCCCUGUUGACCGUGCCACGGUGGUCUACUACGACAACGUCUCAGCGGUCUACCUCUCCGCUAACCCGAUGCAUCAUCGACGGACCAAGCAUAUUGAGUUGGAUAUUCAUUUUGUUCAGGAACAGCUUUUAGAGAGGUCUUUUGGCCUCGAAAAGCCUAAAAGGACAGUGAUGCCUUAUAACAGGACAACUGUCAGAGAUGCUCUAAGAUCAAAAAGGAAAGAUAAAAGUGAAAAACAGGACUAUAUGUAUUCAUAG